UAACUCUGAGGCAAAUGCUAGCUAGUUAGCCUAGCACAUGCGCAUGCACUUCAUACACACUGUGGACUUUUACACUGUAAACUUUAAUUCACUUAUAUAAUUCUUCUGAUAAUAAUCGGUCUAUGCAGGUGAGGUGGGCUGCAGGUCUAUGCAGGUAUUCGGCUCUAACAGCACUGCGUCCCUCAGGUUCACUCAGACGACUCACACUCAGACAGAUUCACUCCAGCAGACAGGCUGAGGCGAUGGAGACGGAGGGCGUGUCCCCUGACAGCGCAGCAGCGUGUGGUCAGAGACCCGGAGAGACGGUUGUGAAGGAGGGGAAAGCCUCGGUGCUGUUUCCUGGAGCUAACGAGGUGUUCUACAACCCAGUCCAGGAGUUUAACAGAGACCUAACGUGUGCAGUAAUGACAGAGUUUGCACGAGAGACACUGGCUCAGAGAGGAGUUCGCAUCAUCGUCCCCGGAGAGAAGGACAGAGUGGUCGUGUCCCUGACGGAGGAGGAGAAGGACGGGAAAGAGACAGAACAAGCGGAGGAGAAGAAAGUAGAGAGAGAGGGGGAAACGGUGCAGGAGGAGAGGAAGGAGGUGGACUUUAAGACAGCAGAGGUUGGGGAGCAAUGUGAGGAGGGGCUGUGUGUGCUGGAGGGAUUGGCUGCGUCUGGCUUGCGCUCGGUCCGGUUCGCUCUUGAGGUCCCGGGAUUGAAACGUGUCACAGCCAAUGAUUUCUCAGCUAAAGCUGCUGACCUCAUCACACGCAACACACACCACAACAAUGUCACACACCUGAUGGAGACGCAGAACAGAGACGCCAGUAUGCUGAUGUACGAGGCGAGAGGGAGGAAUGCACGCUAUGAUGUCAUUGAUUUGGAUCCAUAUGGAAGCCCCGCCCCUUUCCUGGAUGCUGCGGUUCAGGCUGUUAGUGAAGGAGGUCUGCUGUGUAUCACCUGUACAGACAUGGCUGUGAUGGCGGGAAACAGCGGCGAGACGUGCUACAGCAAAUACGGCUCCAUCUCCAUCAAAUCCAGAUACUGCCACGAGAUGGCUCUGAGGAUUAUCUUGCACAGUCUGGAUCAGCGUGCUAACGUGUACCAGCGCUACAUCCAGCCCUUACUGAGCGUCAGCGUUGACUUCUACAUCCGAGUAUUCGUCCGGGUCAGAACCGGCCAGGCUACUGUAAAGAACUCCGCCAGUAAGCAGGUGUUGGUGUAUAACUGUGUCGGCUGUGGAGCAUUUCACCUGCAGAGAAUGGGCAAGAAAACAAGCCAGGGGAAAAACAUGAAGUACUCAGCUGCUACAGGUCCACCUGUUGGAGAAUCGUGUCCACACUGCGGUCAGAAACAUCAGCUUGGAGGUCCGAUCUGGGCGGAGCCUAUACACGAUGUCGGGUUUGUUCAGAAAGUUCUGAGUGCAGUGUCAGGAAACCCGUCUCGCUUCGGGACGUCUAAACGCAUUGAGGGAGUUCUCAGCAUGGUCACUGAGGAGCUCCAGGAUGUUCCUCUGUACUAUGUUCUGGAUCAGCUGAGCAGCACCAUGCACUGUAACACACCCUCCAUGCUGCAGUUCAGGUCAGCGGUGCUGAAUGCAGGUUACAGAGUGUCUCUGUCUCACGCCUGUAAGAACGCAGUGAAGACCGACGCUCCUGCUGCAGUCCUGUGGGACAUCAUGCGCUGCUGGGAGAAGAAGAACCCAGUGAGGAGGGAGAGGUUAUCAGAGACGAGUCCAGCAUUCCGUAUUCUCUCCACAGAACCCACUGUUCAGGCGUGUUUUGACGUGAGAGAUGACGCAAAUCCUCAGUCACGUAAACGUCACCUCACACGCUUCCAGGAGAACCCACAGGCUAACUGGGGUCCUAAAGCUCGUGCCAAGUCUGGUGGUGGUGGUAUAAGCUCAGAGCUGGAGGAUAAGAGGAAGAAGUUUCAGGGAAAAAGGAAGAAUCAGAUCACAGAUUCCUCUCAGCUUAAAAACUUCCCCUGCAAGAAAUUCCGCAAGGGCACCUGCACAUACGGAGAGAAGUGCUGUUACUCCCAUGAGGCCGAGCAGCAGGAGCUCUGAGCAGGAGAGCAGACGACGACGGUCCUCAGAGCUUUACUUGCAUGUCAGAGCCCCGGGUUUAUCACUGACGUUCCUCUGGUGGUCACAUGGUGAUGCAGUAGACAGCCGACUGGUCAGUGAGAGAGGAGUGUGGACAGACAGGAGCGCUGGAUCCUACAGGAAGUUCUCUUUUUGUUGUUGAUUGUUUUUUAGGAGAUGAAGUGUUAAAGAGGAGAAUUAAUUAAUCAGUUAAUCUUCAUGGCUCUUCCUCUGCUCCUUUAUACCGAGAUUUUAUUUGCUUGUUUUCUUUUGGCCUGGUGAAGAAACUCUCAGCAAACAAACCGGACCCCCCCCCCUCGUUCCCCUUCCCCUUCCCCUUCACACACAGAGCUGCAGUGAGACGAGUGAGGGAGAACACUCAGCUCAAGUUUACCAAUAAAUUCAAUAUAUUUCAGCAGUAUUAUGGAAGGGGGAGUGUAUGUUAUGAAUAUGUUCAAAAUUUUCUUGAAAUAAAGCUCAUUUUUUCCCCCCAUGU